AUGCCGGAGCAAAUGGCACCCGGGCGCGUGGGCAACCUCACCCCAGAGCAGGAAGAGAAGCUGCGCCAGUUGUGGCAGGCCUUCUUCCAGCUCUGCGGCGUUCUCGACGACAAUGGCGCCGCCAGUGCGGAUGCUGCGGCUCGCGAAAAGGCGGAAGCGGCGGAGGCUGACGGCCAGAAGAAGAGGCGCUUCGGUGUCUUUAAGAGGAAGGGCAACGAUAAGUCCAGUUCGUCAACCGACACCGUGGAAGACGACAAGUACGGCCAGAACAAGCACUUCCAAGAGGUUCUUGCCAGCCAAAGCCCCGAAUCCAUCCGCGAGACGUUCUGGAGCAUGGUGAAGCAUGACCACCCAGAUGCCCUCGCCCUGCGCUUCCUCCGCGCCCGCAAGUGGGAUGUGGACAAGGCCCUCGUCAUGCUGGUGUCUACCAUGAGCUGGCGACACACUGACAUGAAGGUGGACAGCGACAUCAUGGCGAAUGGUGAGGGCGGCGCUCUGGUGAAUGCGCAGGAGGGCACAGGCGACGCUAAGAAGGUUGGGGAAGACUUCAUGGCGCAGCUCCGCAUGGGCAAGAGCUUUCUGCAUGGUGAGGAUAAGCAGGGCCGGCCGCUGUGCGUGGUGAGAGUCCGCCUCCAUCGGCAGGGAGAGCAGUGUGAAGAGAGUCUGGAGCGGUAUACUGUCUACUUGAUUGAGACGGCGAGAAUGAUGCUGAGACCACCCGUGGAUACGGCGACAAUCAUCUUCGACAUGACGAACUUCUCCAUGGCAAACAUGGACUAUACCCCUGUCAAAUUCAUGAUCAAGUGCUUUGAGGCCAACUACCCCGAAUCCCUGGGAGCUGUGCUUGUCCACAACGCACCAUGGAUAUUCCAAGGAAUUUGGAAGAUCAUUCGGGGCUGGCUGGACCCGGUCGUGGCGGCUAAAGUUCACUUUACAAACAACAAAAACGAGCUGCAAGAGUUCAUCGAGCCUACGCGCAUUAUCAAGGAGCUUGGAGGCGACGAGGACUGGGAAUACCAAUAUGUCGAGCCCGUCCCUGGCGAGAAUGACCUGAUGAAGGACACCGAGACCAGGGAGAAGCUGCUGACGGAGAAGCAGAAGCUUGUCAAAGAGUACGAGGAGGCGACUCUGCAGUGGAUAAACCAGCCCGAAGGAAGCAAAGACGUCUUGGCCAAGCGGAACAAGCUGGCGACACAGCUCAAAGAGGACUAUUGGAGACUCGACCCCUAUCUGCGCGCACGCUCUCUCUACGACAGACAGGGAAUAUUACAGGGCAUUGCCGGACCGAAAUGGUAUGAGCCGGCGAAGAAGCCAGCGGCUGCCGGCGAGAAUGGGAAUCAAAACACAUCAAUCGAUGACUUGGAUUAG